AUGAAGAAGGAUCCAGGCGACCCCCCGCAAGCGGUCCCUAAUGGAAGCAUACCCUCCACUGGCCCUACCCCUUCCUCCGCUUCAAGUGCCUCAUCGACACCCGCAAGCGGGUCAGGAACAACUGGCGCUGCGUCAGCAGCAGGAGGGACUACGGGCAAGAAGAAACACGUAUGUAGCACGUGCGAUCGUGCAUUCACCACAUCGGGUCAUCUCGCUCGUCAUGCACGAGUCCAUACAGGCGAGCGUAAUCACAAGUGUCCGUUUCCUGGCUGUGAAACGCGGUGCUCAAGACAGGACAAUCUACAACAACAGUACGUGUAUACACUAUGA